AUGAAACACAUCGCAAUCUUCGCCAUCGCCGUGGCGGCCAUCUACGCUUUCCCAACCGUGCUUCAAAAUUCCGAAGUCUUGCCACAUCUGCGUGAGCGCGACUAUGCACAACCAGGCUGCACUGUCUCGAAGCAAUGCAAUGCUUACUUGGCGGUGUCCGAUGCACAGGCUCAUAUCCCAUCCACGGACAAUGCUGCCACACUUGCCAGCAAGGCUCGUAACAAUUGUGGUGCUGCGGCUCUUUGCAAGACGUUUGAUGCGCAGGAUCAGUACGUCUCUACGUCUGGCCCAUACGCAUACAAGUCUCCGGGAUAA